GCAUUUAACAAUUAAACAUAUUGUAGAGAAUUUUGGGUUUUAUAAAUUCCAAUUUCUGUGCAGUUUCUAGGGCUGGAAUAGACUAUAUAUUUUAAUUGCUUGGCCUCUAUAUCAAAUUGGCAAAUCAGGCAAAAUUAUUCUUGGUCAAAAUAAUUCGAUUUUAUAUAUCCCACUUGCUAGGCAGGAAUGGACUGUAUUGUUCAAAAAGCUCCUUAAACGUUCGCCAACCUUCCUCUUUUUGUCAACUUCAACUAAAUAACACGUAAUUUUAAGCUAUUCUAGUAGAUUUAUUUAUUUUUCUGAGUGUACACCCACACACAUAUGCUGAAAUGCCAUUUUGAGGCUCUGACAACUGUGACAAUAUUUUAAUGAAAAUUGACUCUUGGUUGAAGGCACAUUUUUCUUAACGAUAAAAAAUUUCCGAGCUGUUCCUGUAACGCGUUAUACUGCAGCUGGAAAUAAAAUAUGAGAAUGUAUAAUGCUCUCAUGCUUAACCCUUUGACUAACAACUUUUGGACGCAGCUGCUCCAAACGUGGUCGCCAAGUAUAACCAGGCUGAGUGAGAGAGUGAGGGAACGGCAAGGUAGGAGGGCGCACAAAGUGCCUUAGGUGCAGACACGUACAGUAAUACAAAUAAAGAAAACAAUAAUAGAAAAUGGAGCCAAAGUCAGUACAAAUAAAGGGCCAAAGGAGUCGGAGACGCAGACGCUAAAAGUACAACAGCUGGCAAGGCGAAAGCUGGCAGAGCAUUAGGACUUGGCCGGAGCCAGGAUGCCCAAGUUGAAUGCAAGCCCUGUUGUUGCCUCUAUUUGUGCCCCCCUCACCCCUUCUUGGAUGCAUCGAAGACUUUAGCGGCCCCAGAAGCUGCCCUUUGUCUAUGGCAAGCAUUGCAAGUCCUGGGUACAAUAAAUGUUGUCAAGCUGUAAACUGCAUUUCAGAAUUGAAAUACCUGACUGGGUGUAGCGCAUUUUGGCAAUGCAAGUCCUCAGUGUUGCUUGGACAAAUGUUUAUUUAACAUUUGGCUUUUAAUUUUCCACUCACGUUUGUGCCUUUUCACGUUUUAUUCAUCUGUUCCGGCGACUGCACUCUUUGGGGGCCACAGCAACUAGAAAGCUACAGAUAAAUAUAUGUUUAUUAUGUAUCAAACGAUUGCACUAGGUCAAUGAAAGGGUUUGCUUGCCCCAAGCCCGAGCUCAAUGAAAUAAAAACUCAUCUUCAUUAAAUUAAAACUAUAAAUCUACAAAGUUCGGUACUUAUAUUUUUAUUUUCAAUCGUUGCAGUAUAAUUUUAAACCCAUAAAUAAUUGAAAUUUAUAGAUAAAAACUUGGCAGGCAGCCGAAUAUUGAACGCAGACCAAGUAAAAAUUACCUUGUGGGCAUAUCUGUAUGUUUGUCUAUGUAUAUGUAAGCAUGUGGACCUUAAUUUCAAAACGCAAACCAAGUUUACUUUUUUCACAACUGCCCCCGCUGUGCUGCAAAAUAACAAGCAGAAACGUAUUUUUAAUUAUCGCCCUUCUCUGCGAUUCUCAUGAAUUCAAUUAAUCCCUACAGCCUUACAUGCUAUGCUAUAUAACGGGAUAACCAAUAAAAUAUUAUGUAUUUUCAAUGUGGAACCUGCUUUGCUUUAAUCAUUCACCAGAGAAAUAUGACCCAAUAAAUAUAACAUAGUCAUAAGGUUAAGUCUUUGCGACAUUUAAGCAUCUUGUGACCCUUGGUUUGUUCACGCUUGAAUCAGUCUAGGGGUCAAUGAAAAGGUUUUUAAUUAAAAAAAAAAACAAAAUGUGCUAGUCCAAAUAUGUAUUUAAACGGACAGCCGGCAUUUAAACGCAUCAAUGGCCAGGCCAACAUAAUAAAAAGCCAGCGUGCAUCGAGCUGGCACACUUAGUUCCCAUGUCGUCCACUGGCUGGCUGGACAGUUAUCCGUUUGCUGAGCUGGCGGAUGAGCGCACACAAUCUUGGCCGAUGGUGGCAUCGCCUUGGAAUGCUGCCGCUCUGCUGGCCUUGUACUUGCUGCUCGUGCACUUUGCGCCCAAAUGGAUGGCCAGUCGCAAGCCGUUUCAGCUGCGUGCCCCAUUGUUCUGCUACAAUUUGUUCAUGGCCUUGCUCAACGCCCACAUUUGCCUCGAGCUCUAUACGGCAUCGCGGGCCCUUAACUACAGCCUCCAGUGUCAGCCGUACAGAGUUAGCUAUGAUCCACAUGAAGUACGUAUUGCGACGGCGUUUUGGUGGUUCUACAUAACAAAGAUUUUGGAGUUUGCCGACACUUUAUUUUUUAUACUGCGCAAGAAGUGGUCACAGCUGACUUUUUUGCACGUUUAUCAUCACAGCAGCAUGUUUGUUAUAUGCUGGAUAGUAGUAAAAUGGAUUCCCACCGGCUCCACCUUUGUUCCGGCUCUGAUGAACUCGUUUGUGCACAUCAUCAUGUAUGGAUAUUACUCACUGAGCGCUCUGGGACCACGCUUAUACCCAUAUCUAUGGUGGAAACGCUAUUUAACGGUGCUGCAGCUGUUGCAGUUUGCAUUGGGGCUGGCCUGGGGAGCUCAGGCUCUUGUAUACAGGUGUGAGUACCAGCCAUGGCUUAGUUUUACGGGAGUUGCAUACAUGAUCUCUUUUCUAUUUCUCUUUGGUCGUUUUUAUGCGCAAAAAUAUACGAAAUCAAUUAAAGAGUGCCGUUAAUAUCAAUAAAAAUAAAA